UAUUUGUUGAAAAACAAGAACACAGAUCUCAUUAGGCCAACAUCUGCUAGAUGCCAACAUUCCACCCACCUCACACGAAUAUCUUCUUCUUCAUCCCUCACUCCUCACUUUUUCCUUGAUUCUUUCAGUCUUCAUGGGGGCCAUAUUUUAGGUGUGCUUUCCCUCCCCAUUUGACCUCACCUUCCUCCAUUUCCACCACCAACAACAGCACCACACUCCUCUUUAUAAAACCCCAUCAACAGAAUUUACAUGUAUAUGAUGCAAUUCCAUAUGGAUCUCUGAUAUUCUCAGCCUCAUUGAUCAUUUUAGUGCUUUUUGGGGAUCUAGGUGCCCUUGAACGUCUUGUUCACAUCUGGGUUUUCAAGAUUUAGGGUCUAGAAAGACCUGAUCCCCAUCUGGGUAAUCUAUGAAUUUGACAAUUUGUAGAUUUGGAGCCCAGAGGGUAUAUUAUUGAAGAAGAUUCACUUUUAAUUUCUUUCAUUUUUUGUAUGGUUGUUAAAUCAUCAAGACAAAGGCAAAGAAUGGUAUCAGGAAAUGGGCUGUUUUACCCAAUUAUUGGAUUUGCAUCAUGUUUUGCAUUCAUGUACUUGUCAUUUGGGGACUUGUGGCCGAAUUACCCCAGAGAACCACAGUUGAGUUUUGUACAGAGGAAUGGGACUCACUUCAUUUUGGAUGGUAGAGUGUUCUACAUUAAUGGGUGGAACUCUUACUGGUUAAUGGACCAUGCUGUGGAUGAAUACAGAAGACCCAGGAUCAGAGCAAUGUUGCAAGCUGGUGCCAAGAUGGGUCUCACUGUAUGUCGAACUUGGGCCUUCAAUGAUGGUGUCUACAAUGCCCUUCAGAUUUCCCCUGGUCAAUACGAUGAACGCGUAUUCAAGGCAUUGGAUCAUGUCAUUGCAGAAGCCAGGCAACACGGAGUUCGGCUGCUACUUAGCUUAGUUAAUAACUUGCAGGCAUAUGGUGGGAAGACUCAAUAUGUCAAGUGGGCAUGGGAAGAAGGUAUAGGUUUGAACUCUUUGAAUGAUUCAUUCUUCUUUGAUCCAUCAAUUCGGCAUUAUUUCAAGAAUCAUGUCAAGACUUUGCUGACAAGGAAGAACACUAUUACUGGAACUAAAUAUAAGGAUGAUCCAACUAUCUUUGCGUGGGAGUUAAUAAACGAGCCCCGUUGCAUGAGUGAUCCUUCAGGCGAUACUCUGCAAGACUGGAUAGAAGAAAUGUCGACCUACGUGAAAUCAAUUGACAAGAACCAUCUAGUAACAGUGGGACUUGAAGGAUUCUAUGGUCCUAAGAGUCCAAAAAGGCUGACUGUCAACCCAGGAGAAUGGGCAGCUGAACUUGGAUCUGAUUUUAUUCGCAACUCCAAGAUCUCAACCAUUGAUUUUGCCUCUGUUCAUAUCUACCCUGAUCAUUGGUUUCAUGACCAAGAACUUGAAGAGAAACUAAAAUAUGUCUCCAAAUGGAUGGUUUCUCAUAUUGAAGAUGGUGAUAGAGAACUGAAGAAACCAGUCACAUUCACAGAAUUCGGCUUGUCAAAUUUGAAUAAGGGUUUCAAGCCAUCUCAGCGGGACCAGUUCUACAAAAUUAUUUAUGACAUCAUGUACAAAUCUUCCAAGAGAAAGAAGUCCGGCGCAGGAUCUUUUGUGUGGCAGUUCUUGGUUGGAGAAAUGGAAAAGUACAACGAUGAUUUUGGGAUUGUCCCUUGGGAAAGGCCAGCAACAUAUCAGAUAAUAACUGAACAUUCUUGUAGGCUUGCCGCAAUUCAAGGUGUACUGCCUUCUCAAAAGGAUCACUUGAAAGAAUUGUGUUUGCGGAGACGGUAAAAAUCUAAUUUAUCCUACCAAAAACGUAACUUCUCAU